AUGAAUAGGCAUAAAUACGCACCCAUCUCAGGCGGCGUCGAAGUCUCAGACACAUCCCCCCUCGCAACCGCCUGGCGCGAACUCGAAGAAGAAACCACCCUCACGGCGUCUUCUCUACGGCUCUUGCGACAAGGCAAGCCGUAUUCAUUCACAGACCCCCAAGUUGGCCGCAUAUGGACCAUCAAUCCCUUUGCGUUCAUCUUAAAGCCCGGCGUGGGCGAAGAGAGCAUCACGAUUGAUUGGGAGCAUGAAGGGUACAAGUGGUUCGAUCCUGGUGAGGUCACUGACGAUGAAUCUUUUCAUGGAGUGCCGCGGCUGAAGGAAAGUUUGAGGAGAGUGUGGUUUGACAUUGAUCUUGGUAGGGAUGCUGGUGGUGUUUUGGCGGCUGGGUUGAAGACGCUGCAAGAGGACCAUGAGAGCGGUGCGAGACAGUUGGCUUCAGCGGCAUUGGACAUGUAUCUCGACGUGAUUCCUCGAAUCGACACCAGUGAUGGAGACACGUGGUGGAAGAACAUUCGUUUCGCAGCAUGGCAUCUGUGGAAGAAUGGGCGAGAAAGCAUGGGAGCCCCCAUCCUCAGCGUCGUCCUCUCGAGCCUCUCCCUCAUCGAGCACCAUCUCACUCAAACUUGUCUCUCAAAAGACCUCGUCGACGAAAUCUGCGCCGACAUCAAACACCUCGCCCAACAAAGACACCAAUCAGCAACCAAAAUCGCCACCGCAUUCGUCUCAUUCCUCAACAAGACCUUUCCCUCCCAACCCACCAAGCCUCUCAAAAUCGUCACCCUCUCGUCCAGCUCAACAAUCACAGCGUCAAUCUCCCUCAUUCUCGAAUCAGCCUCUCGCCCCCUCGACAUACACGUCCUCGAAUCCCGCCCUCUCUUCGAAGGCGUCACGGCCGCACGCCGCUUCUCCUCCCUCAUCCAAACCAACCACAACGAAAACAAAAGCAGCGUCACCAUUCACACAGACGCAAGCGCCGCCCUCGCCUCCAAAGACGCACACAUCCUCCUCCUCGGCGCAGACCUCAUCGACAAGGCCGGCAACGUGAGCAACAAGACGGGCUCGCUCCCCGCCGUGCUCGCCGCCAAACACGUCUGUCCAGAGAUCAAAGUCGUCGUGCUGUCGGAAAAGGAAAAAGUGCUGCCGUUUGAUCCGCCGGGCCACGAGGAAAACGACGGCGAGGAGCUCAUCCGCGGGUGGGAUGGGAUACUGGGUCCGGAUGUGGGAUUGCAGGGCCUGAGUGUCACGAAUGUGUAUUUCGAGUGGGUGCCUGCGAGGCUGGUGGACGUCUAUCUGACAGAGGAUGGCGCCGAGGGCACGCAACAUGUGGAAGCGUGGGCGCAGGAGGUGCGGCAAAAGGCCGGCCGUUUCUUUGACCAUCUUUGA